UUGUUCCCAUUACAGAUAAAAGAUUUUUCACAAUGUCUUGGUGCACAAUCGAGUCCGACCCAGGGGUGUUUACAGAACUUAUCCAGCAAAUGCAAGUAAAAGGCGUGCAGGUAGAGGAAUUGUACUCGUUGGACCUUGAUUCUCUCAAUAGUCUAUGGCCUGUAUAUGGGUUGAUUUUCCUAUUCAAAUGGCGUCCAGGGGAAAAUGACGACCGGCUAGUAAUCAAGGAUCCGAACCCUAACUUGUUUUUUGCAAGCCAGGUUAUCAACAAUGCUUGUGCAACCCAAGCAAUCUUGUCCAUACUGUUGAACUGUCUCGAGGUCGACAUUGGGCCUGAACUGUCAAAAUUCAAAGAGUUUACCAGGAACUUUCCCCCUGAACUCAAAGGUUUGGCGAUAAACAACAGUGAAGCUAUUCGUGCAGCGCACAAUAGUUUUGCGCGACCUGAGCCUUUUGUUCCCGAAGAGCAGAAGGCUGCAGGUAAAGAUGAUGACGUGUACCACUUCAUAAGCUAUUUGCCUGUUGAUGGCAUGCUUUAUGAGCUUGAUGGUUUGAAGGAGGGACCCAUUAGCCUUGGACCGUGCCCUGGUGACCGGGAUUGGCUGCAGAUGGUGCAACCCGUUAUCCAGGAACGGAUGGAAAAGUAUUCCAAGAGUGAGAUUAGGUUCAAUCUUCUUGCAAUUAUUAAGAACCGGAAAGAGAUGUAUACUGCUGAACUCAAGGAGCUCCAAAGGACGAGGGAGCUUGUUUUACAGCAGCUAGCUGCCGCACGGAUCGAGAGACCCGUCGAUGGUAAUAAAUUUGAAGCACUGAACAAAUCUCUCUCGGAAAUAAAUUCUGGGAUCGAGGCUGCCACCGAGAAGAUCUUGAUAGAGGAGGAGAAAUUCAAGAAUUGGAGAACCGAGAACAUUCGCAGGAAACACAAUUACAUACCCUUCUUGUUUAACUUCCUCAAGAUUCUUGCCGAGAAGAAGCAGUUGAAACCCCUUAUUGAGAAAGCAAAGCAAAAGGCAGGAGACACUAGGUGAAGAGUGUCCUUUUUUCUUUUUUUUUUUUUUUUUUUUUUUUUUUUUAAAUU